UUUGAAAAAGAAAAGCAAAAAACGCGGUAGUAGCUAGUUGGAGGAGAGGCGCCUCGUCUUUCCUCCACAUUGCAUUAACCUCUCUUUCAUCUGUCUUUUCUUCUGCUGCAGCUGCUUACAUCUCCUCCUUCAAAGCAAAUGAAAGAGAAUAUAAAGAAAAAUAGUAGUAAAUUGAGACAAAUGAAAGUGAAUAUAGAGAAUAAAAUAGUAGAUUGAGAAAAAAAAAAGGAGAGAAAGAAGCCAUCCCAUCCCAAAGACUUAGCAGCGGCAGCAGCAGCUGCUGCUACUCCAGCUGCAGCCAUGGUUCGUGAAAAAGAAGAAGAAGAAGAAGUAAAGGAAGAAUCAAAAGAAUCAGAAUCGACGACAACCAAUCCAAUGCAGUGUUGGCGUGGCUUUGUCGUCGGAAACUACUGCCACGACGUUCUCAUCCAAGACGGUCAUGUCAUUGGCGAGAGUCUUGGUGGAGCUGCUUCUUUCAUAUCCAACAUUUUCGAUGGCCUCUCUCUUCCCUGCUCCUACAUCUCCAAGGUCGGCCCUGAUUUCACCUACUCCGUCUCCCACCCUCCUCUCCUCUCUUCUUCUUCCCCUUUCACAACCCUUUUCCACGCGCAUCUCUCCCCUUCUCUUUGCCCCGAUCACGACCGCGUCCUCCGUCGUCUCCGUUCCUCUGAUCCCAUCUAUCCCUCCGACCUCCCUUCCCUUCCUUCUCCUUUCGAUUUCGGCCUCUCCGUCGGUGUCGCUGGUGAAAUCAUCCCCGACACCUUAGCCCGGAUGCUCGACCUCUGCUCUCUCGUCUUCGUCGACAUCCAGGCCCUCAUCCGCACUUUCGAUCCCAUCGACGGCACCGUCCGCCACAUCCCCCUCAAAGACACCGGCUUCUAUCACCUCCUCCCGCGGAUUCGAUUCCUCAAGGCCUCCUCCGAAGAGGCUCCCUUUGUCAACAUCGAAGAGGCAAGAAGGUACUGCUGCGUAGUUGUCACUGAUGGCAAGGACGGUUGCAGGAUCUUUUGGAAAGAUGGGGAAUUGCAGAUCCCGUCAUUCCCAACGGACCAGAUCGAUCCAACUGGCGCUGGGGACAGCUUUUUGGGGGGAUAUGUGGCUGGUCUUGUCUGGGGGUUGGCUGUUCCAGAUGCUGCCCUUUUGGGGAAUUUCUUCGGCUCUCUGACUGUUGCCCAAAUUGGCAUUCCCAAAUUCAAUCCGAGGAUGUUUAAGAAAGUAAAGGAUGAGUUGGAGAGGAUGAGGCAUUGUGUCGGCUCAUGUGAGAGAAGAGAGAUUGCAGCUGAUUUUAGGAAAUCAAUAGAGCAUGAAGCAUUUCGGGCAUCACUAAUUGAGGCAGAUAAACUGCAACGUGGAGAGCACGGCCUAGAUGGCCAGUGGGACCUGUCAGAUUCCUUGCAAGUGAUGGGGCAGGGUGACCAGCAAGAUAGUAAAAGCCAGCAAAAGCUUUUAUUUGGUUCUGUUUAUGAAGUGAUUAGGCCUGCUGAAGACCAUGACACGAGCAGCACAAUUGCUCUGCGUAGUUCUCGUCAGUAAUUUGGGGAUUUGAUAUGUAAGUGCAGAACUCUAAUAUUAUUUUCACAUCCAAUUUCAAAUGUAUACAAAAUAACACCGGCUGCGUCAACCCCAACCAUUUCAUUGCUAACUCAAUAAAUUGUGCCCCAAGUUAGCCAAGGCUUGUGCCCUACAAUUACAUGUCCUACGUAUCUUUAACUUAAUCUGUUUGUAUCAAAUCCAAACAGAAGAAAAAGUACUUUGGCAUGA